AUGGGCCAUUACUCAACUAGUCGUGGCAUUAAGCCAUUGCCUAUGGCUGCACUGGCCUUCUUUCUGUCAGGCGCGGGCGCAAUUGUGAUGCCCAGUGGAACUGGAAAGGUUCCAAGCCUCGGUUGGAACUCGUGGAAUGCCUACCACUGCGAUAUCGAUGAAAGCAAGUUUCUCUCAGCCGCCGAGCUGAUUGUGAGCUCCGGUCUUCUUGACGCCGGAUACAAUUACGUAAAUAUUGACGACUGCUGGUCGCUAAAGGAUGGGCGGGUCAACGGCCAUAUUGCUCCCAAUACAACUCGCUUUCCCGACGGCAUCGACGGGUUGGCUGAUAAGAUCCAUGGUAUGGGUUUGAAGUUUGGCAUUUACAGCACUGCUGGCACUACGACAUGUGCUGGCUAUCCGGCUAGUCUUGGGUACGAGGAUGUCGAUGCCGCGGAUUUCGCCAGUUGGGGAGUAGACUGUAACGACAACUGCAACGUUCCAUCAAAUUGGACAGACCAGUAUGUUGCCUGCGACCCAGACGCCGUCACAACCGGCCCAAAUGGCACUUGCUCCACAGCUUCUGUUCCCAACUUGGCUCCUCCAGGAUAUGACUGGGGCACCUCGUUAUCGGCCGAUCGUUUCGACCGCAUGAGAGACGCCCUGGCCAAGCAGACGCAUGAAAUCGUCCUCAGCCUGUGCAUCUGGGGCACGGCCGAUGUCUUCUCUUGGGGCAACACGACCGGCAUCAGCUGGCGCAUGAGCGGCGACAUCUCCCCCGAAUGGGACUCUGUCACUCACAUCUUAAACUUGAACUCGUUCAAGCUGAACUCUGUUGGAUUCUGGGGCCAUAACGAUGCCGACAUGCUGGAAGUUGGCAACGGCAACUUGACUACAGCCGAGACGCGCACACACUUUGCUCUGUGGGCUGCCAUGAAGUCUCCGCUUCUCAUCGGAACCGACAUCAGUCUGUUGUCUCAGGAUAACAUCAACAUCUUGAAGAACAAGGAUCUGCUGGCUUUUAACCAAGACAAUGUUUACGGAGGCCCUGCCACUCCAUACAAGUGGGGAAUCAACCCCGACUGGACUUAUAACAGCACCUAUCCCGCCGAGUUCUGGGCCGGUCCUUCGAAGAAUGGCCAUCUGGUGUUGAUGGUCAACACUUUGAGCCAGACGACUACAAAGAAAGCAACCUGGGCAGAGAUUCCUGGUCUUUCUGCUAGAAGAUAUCAAGUAAAGGAUGUGUGGAGUGGCAAGAAUCUUGGCUGUCUGAGCUCAUACUCGGCAUCCGUUGCUGCUCAUGACACCGCCGCCAUUUUGGUCGGUAAGAGGUGUUAG